CUUACAGCCACUCACAAAUGAGCUCUCGAGAGGGAAUUCCUCGACACCCACACCAAAAGCCCUGUUGCCCAUCGCUAACUGGCCCAUGAUAUUCUAUCCUCUUGUCUGGUUACGAGAUGCUAGUAUUUCUGGUAUGGGCGCGUAAUGGCUCUUAAGCCCCCUUGUUUAGCUCGAUUGAACAGAUGUUUUACUCAUUCUGCCUCACUCUCACAAGUCUGACAUCUCACAAACAAUUUGGCAUUCGGACGAAAGUUAUCCAUCACUCUCAUCCUUGUCCAUAACUUUAGAGACUAUUGAGGACUCCGAAUCUAUGUCUCUUGGAACAGCGGAUAUUUUGCGCAAGUUUUCCCAUCUGUUUUUGGCAGACGUAAUAGUGCUUCCAUGCGACUUCAUUCCCCCUCGAUCGCUGCCUCUCAGCUCUAUCUUGAAUGAUUAUCGUGUUGACCUUCACCCACCGAUGGUCAGCGUGCUGUUGUAUGAGCGAGCAGAGACAGGGAAAGACGGGCCACCCCCAUGUUUGUUUGGCCGAGACAAGGAGAGUAAUUCUCUUGUCUUCGUGCAGGGCGAAAGUACAGGGGAUGAUUUGGAGUUGAGAACGUCGAUGUUCUGGAGAUUUCCGAAUAUCGCAUUGACCACAACAUACCUUGACUCCCACGUCUACAUAGUCAAACAAAAAUGCAUAGAACUGCUGGCUCAACGUCCAAGCCUAGAGUCACUGAAGGACGAUGUGAUACCUUGGCUAGCGAGCUUCAGUUACAGACAGAGCUACAUCAAGAAGUGGGGUUCAUCCAUCAACUUUGGAACGAACCCCAAUGAACUUGCUAUCGCCUAUUCUACGACAACCGUCUCCGGAAAAUCUAGAACCAGUUCCCAACUUGCGCUGUCUGGUGGUGCCCUUUCGCGCCCCAUCUUAGACGCUGGCGCUUCGCCUUCAUUGACGCGUGUGUCUUCACUUUCGAAAGUUUCGCAGCCGCAGUUGGAGACAGCCACAACGUCACCCGGUCUUGGCAAGUCUCACACCAGCUCCCCCGCACCCAGCGGGAACUACAAUGACUCUCCCCCGAGCGCAUCCGCAAUCCUGGAUGAAGCCACCACAUCGGACUUCCGCGUGAGUGCGAGGCUACACAAUCUCAAGGAUGGUUUCGCUGCCCGGGCGAAUACUAUUGGUGCAUAUGCUGAACUGAACAGACAAGCACUGUCGGCGAUGGCUUCUGCGGCGGCGCACUCGGAGCAGCCACCUAAGAUGGCUGCCAAUCCCCUGCAUCAGGGUCAGAUUUCUUCUGAUUCGCUGGUUGCAUCUUCAGCCCGCAUAGGAACAAAGACCUCCAUCAAGAAAAGUGUCGUUGGACCCCAUUGCGUCAUUGGGAAAAACGUAAAACUGAGCGGCUGCACCUUGAUAGGCUACGUCGAAGUGAAAGAUGGCGCCAAGCUAGAAAAUUGUAUAGUGAGCCGCAACGUCGUCAUAGCCGAGCGUGCAACGCUCAAAGACUGCGAGCUUGCACCAGGGGUGGUCACCCAGCCUGAGGGUGAGUCUUCAAUUGUCAAACAUACAAAACCACCGCCAUCCCCCAAGGAAGCGGCCAAGCCAAAGGCCCAAAUUCCUGCGCAAAUGCACGAAGUCGCACCCGCACGCUCUGAAAGUGGGCCUGCACCCUCUACUACGCAGUUCAACGACGAUACUGUACCUGAGCCUGCGGAAACCAAUUCUAGUAGCGCUGAAACGCAGUCUCUGCUUCCUGAUGGUUUCUCGCCACCUUCCAACCAUCUGCCCCCAACCUAUCAUGCUCAGUCGAUCAGUUUGUUGACAAUGUUUGCAUUUGUGCUUGCUUUGAUAGUAUCACUUAAAGGAGAACGAAUAACGGCUUGGUGAUCGAUCGCAUUAGGCAGCUCAAAGACGAUUUUCGUGGAUUUACGUAGACCUAUCAGCCCUCUUGUGUUUCCUAUGUCCAGUUUUCAAGCGUGGAAUGGAUUCCGAAGGCUGAUCUGGCUAAUUGAAAUCUCCUCGAGCCCCACUUGGGCAUGCUGUGCAUCCCCUCACUUCUCUCUUGACCUCA